AUGUCAAAAGUACCGGACGUGUUGAAGGAUGCCAAACUUAUUUUUUUCAAAUACGAAGAGAAUUUCACGAGUCGAAAUUCGGUACGUCUUCAAGUGGAUCCAACCCCAUAUAUCUUGUUUUGGAGGUACAAAGACUACAAGGUUUUCAACACGAAAGAGUUAGCUCACGAAAAAAAUUAUAUCUAUUUGGAACGAAUCUACGAUGUUCGAGUUGGAAAACCGACCGAUUUCGAGAUGGGAGCUCAUGAAAAAGGAUUCGAACGAAACUUCUUGACCAUUGUCAGCGGGACGAGCAUUACCAAUUUGAAGUUUACUCAUUUCGUGUGUUUGGAGAAAGAUGAGAAACGUCUCCACGAAUUCGGAUCAUCUUUGUUCGAUACGGUGCAGCGGGUGAGAAAAGAGGAACACGGGUUACUAUAUCAUUUUCGAAAAAAGUUAGCACCGAAAAUGUAUGCAGCAUUCACGCAGAGAUGUCUAGAAGAGGAUAUAAUGAGAGUAUACGACAAACACAAGAAGAAUUCCACAAAGACAGAAUGGACUGCAGUUGGAAAACUUCUUUCAGUGAACUCCCGGAAAAAUGUGGAAAUCGACGAUCAAAAACUGAUAAGAAUCAUUAUGAUUUUGACAAAGUUUGAGGGAUCUCGAUUGGAAGCCAUUUUUCGGAAAAUAUCAGAAGAUGAGCCAGUAGCAACAAAGCUAGAAUUUGGGGAAUGGCUUCGAAAAAAUCAACAUGAUCAUAGACUAAAUGAUGCUAGAUUUAAUCAAGUUUCUGAUAGGAAGAUUAGUUCGAUUCUGGAGGCGUGGCAGUAUUCUGGAGACUCAGCUAUAACUCCACAAAUAUUUACUCAUUGGAUGGCUUCUGAUGAAGCAGGCGUGGCAAUUUCAGCUCAGAGAAUGAAAUUGGAUGUAGCUAGUAUGAGAGAACCAAUCAACCGAUAUUUUAUAGAUUCUUCACACAACACAUAUUGCUCUGGUAACCAACUAGUUUAUGCCAUUGGUCAUUGCUCCGCUGACGUGGAAAUGUAUCGUCAAGCGCUGCUGUGCGGAUGUAGAUGUGUUGAGUUAGAUGUUUGGGAUAACAAAGAUAAAGAAGGAGAUCCAGUGAUAACUCAUGGACCAACAGCAGUGAUGGGAAUGAAUGAAAUUGGUCUGAAAGAAGUUUGCGAGGCUAUCAAAGAAUGCGCUUUCAAGACGACUCCAUAUCCUCUAAUCCUCUCUAUUGAAAACCAUCUCGGACGUAAGCAGCAAGAAAAAAUGGUACAAAUAUUUCAUCACGUCUUCGGAGAUCUUCUGCUGACGGGACCUCUUCCUGACUACCCAUUGUAUGCGAGAGAAGGUUCAGGAGACGUCAAGUACCCGUCUCCAGAAUUAUUAAAGUACAAAAUAUUGAUAAAAGCCAAAAAGAAGAGAUUCGAUAAGCAGGAAUCGAGAAGUCGAGAAGAUUCAAGUAUCGAUUUACAGGGUUCCUCGAUUGACUUGACUGAAGAUGAAGCAAUUGAAAAUGAACGAUUCAAUGAACUCACAGAAGAACAGAAAGCUGCUCAAAUGCUUCAACUUCCAGAAGAAUCUUCAUGUUCUGAACUAUCUGAAAUCAUCAAUUACAUGCAAGCCUUCGAAUCAUCAAGAGGUGUCUCAACUGCUAUAAACUUGGAAAACGCUACAAUUGAUACUGUACCUUGUAUUGUAUCUGCUGAUGAGAACACGGUCUGGAAUUGUUUGAGAGGAAGUUCGGUGGAGAAAAUUCAAAAUUUAAACAAAUCUAAAAUCAUGAGAAUUUAUCCAAAAGCAUCUCGAAUCUAUUCCACCAACUACAAUCCAAUGAUUCAUUGGCUCACUGGAGCACAAAUGGUCGCAUUGAACAUUCAAACAAACUGCUCCAACACUCAAUUGAAUUAUGCAAUGUUUGAAAGGAAUGGAGCGUGUGGAUACGUUCGGAAACCAGACUGGCUUCGAAUGAGAGAUGUUCAGUUGAAACCAUUUUUAUCAAUCCCAUUCACUAUUGCAUAUACGGUGGAAGUGGAGAUAAUCGCCGCGUAUUUCCUCUCAGCAAUGGACAGUGACAAAUACCGUCGUCGGAGUACUGUAUCUGUUCGCCUUUUCGAUGUGCCUGAUCAAAUAUCGAAAGAAGACAUUUCCUCUCCUUCCAUCUCAACAUCUUCCAAGUUUGAGACAUCUUGCCGUAGACGGACACGUGAAGAAACGUCAUUCGUCACUAAUUAUGAGAGACAUGUGUAUAGUUUUGACAAAGUUAUGCUCAAUGAUUUAUCAUUUCUUCAAUUCAAUGUGCACAAUGAGUCGGGAAGUGUUUUUGCUCAGCGGAUACUUCAUAUCGAUACUAUGAAUAAUGGUUAUCGUUUCAUAACUCUUCGCACUCCAUCUAACCAAUGUGCUGGUCCAGCAUGCCUCCUAGUCAGAUUUGAUCUAUUCAUGCAUUCAGAUAGAAAAAAUUUACAUGAUCAUAAACAAAUGUACAAUCCGCAUGCAUUCGAGAAAGAGUCAGACAAGUGGGAGAGGAGAUUCAGUAAUCCGUUUGCCGACUUGGAUGGGUUUGAUGGAAAUGAGUUUUUGUUGGUAGAAGGAACGAGAAGAGGAUCUGUAGAACACGCUCCAACUACCCCCACUACUCCGACCAAACCAUUGUCAUUUGGAAAAGAAUUAUUGGAGAAGAUUUCGUUUUGGAAGAAAAAGUAA